CACGGCGUAGCUGGGAAAAGCAAGGCAGCACUGGAACUGGUGCACAUGGACCUGGUAGGACCUUUUCCAGUCCGAGGAAGUAAGGGGGAAAGGUAUUUCCUGACAAUAGUUGAUGACUGGAGUCGGCUGAUGUGGGCAUACCCGUUGAAGCAGAAGGAUCAUGCUGCCUCAACAAUACGAGAUGAUUGGCUGCCGUUCGUCGAGCGACAAUCUGGGCACCCAUGCAAGAGCAUCAGAACCGACCGAGGUGGAGAGUUUCUAGGAGGAGAUCUGACCGCGUGGCUCAAGAAACAAGGCAUUGAGCAUCAGCUAACGACGUCCUAUACCCCUCAGUCAAAUGGCGUUGCUGAGAGGGCUAAUAGGACCAUCCUGGAAACUGCGCGAGCGCUGCUGAUCGAAUCAGGGCUGGGGAACUCCAUGUGGCCUCAUGCGGCGAGGCAUGCUACAGUGGCAAGGAACCGCGUACUCACAAAGGUGGCUGAUGAUAUGUGGGUGCCGCUGGAGAGGUGGCUUGGAAAGAAGCCUCCAGUGGACAUGCUUCGAGUGUUCGGAUGCAUGGCAGUGGCGCAUGUCCCUAAACCGUACAGGACAAAGCUUGGAGCAUCUGCACUUUGGUGUGUGCACCUUGGGCUUGCGGCACAGAGCAAGGGGUAGCUACUCUGGGAGCCCUCAAAGAAUAGUACAACAGCCAGAUGGAGAAUCACACAUGGGACCUGGUGUACUUGCCAAAUGGGAAGAAGGCAAUACAGUGCAAGUGGCUGGCAAAAAUCAAGACAGAUGAGAAAG